AUGACCUGGAAGUGUUUAAUGUUCAAAAAUAAGGCUAGAGCAAAGGCAAUUUUCACUAUGUGGCUGCACUUCCAUGACAGGAUGCACACAAGUGAUAGAUUGGAUAAAUGGGGUAUAGCCGUGGAUACAACAUGUAUACUAUGCAAGUUGCUGCUUGAGACCAGAAACCACCUGUUUGCUGAAUGUAGCUUCACUAAAAGAGUAUGGGAUAGACUACUCCUAUGGAUGCAGAGGCAAUCACACAAAGCAACUACAUGGGACCAACACUUUCGAUGGACUCUGCACAAUGCGAAGGGAAAAUCACAAGAAGCCGCAGUGUUCAAGAUGGUGUAUGCAGAGGUAGUUCAUGAGAUAUGGACUGAGAGAAACUUGCGUAUAUUUGAGAAAAAGCGUAGAAGUGUAGAAGCUAUAGCCCGCUUUAUUACUUGUACCUGCCACAUUAGAGCAACAACAGCAACUGGCAAUGUGAUCCAGAGGUUGAAAUUUUGA